AUGGCGGCCGAGCGGAGUGACAUGGCGGAGCCGCCGCCUCAGCUGCUGCUCUCCUCCUGCGGCGGGGCCGAGGAGGCGGCCGAGAGCGAAACGUCUUCGUCGGCCGCGGGCCUGGAGGCCGAGUCGCCGCCGCCGCUGCUGGCGGGCGAGGGGGCGGAGAGCAUGUCGGAGGCCAGCCCGGAGAGCGCCAGCAGCCAGGCCGGCGACGGCGACGACGAGGAGGAGGAAGACGACGACGACGAGGCCGCCAGCAGCGCCGGCUCCUCCAGCGGCUGCUGCAGCGACGAGUCGCGUUCCCUCAGCCCCGAGGCCGACGCCAAGGGCGAGGCGGGCGGCGGCGGAAGCGGCGGGGCCGGGCCUGGGAGCGGCGGCGGCGGCGGAGCGGCUGGAGGCGGCGAGAGCGGCGGCAAGAGCAGCAGCAGCAGCGUGUCCUCCUCCAGCAGCGGCGGGGACGAAGGCUACGGCACGGGCGGCGGGGCUGUCAGCGGGGGACGCAGCGGAGGCAGCAGCACUUGCAGCGCCUCGUCGUCGGGCGGCCGCAGGGGCAGCCUGGAGAUCUCCUCGGACGGGGAGCCGCUCAGCCGCAUGGAUUCCGAGGACAGCAUAAGCAGUACCAUAAUGGAUGCAGACAGCACAAUUUCCAGCGGUCGCUCGACUCCAGUUAUGAUGAAUGGACAAGGUGUUACUGCUUCAUCCGCAAAAAGUAUUGCCUAUAACUGCUGUUGGGACCAGUGCCACGCUUGCUUCAACUCCAGCCCAGAUCUGGCGGAUCACAUUCGCUCGAUACAUGUAGAUGGCCAGCAAGGAGGGGUAUUCGUUUGCUUAUGGAAAGGCUGCAAAGUUUAUAACACGCCGUCAACAAGUCAGAGUUGGUUGCAGAGGCACAUGCUGACCCACAGUGGCGACAAACCCUUUAAGUGCGUCGUCGGAGGGUGCAACGCUAGUUUCGCAUCUCAGAGUGGGCUAGCCCGUCAUGUGCCGACACACUUCAGCCAGCAGAAUUCUUCAAAAGUUACCAAUCAGCCAAAGGCGAAAGAAGAAUCUCCUUCAAAAGCUGGGAUGAACAAAAGAAGGAAGUUGAAGAACAAACGGAGGCGCUCAUUACCAAGACCGCACGAUUUCUUUGACGCGCAAACCCUGGACGCUAUACGACAUCGAGCCAUUUGCUUUAACCUCUCCGCUCACAUAGAAAGUUUAGGAAAAGGCCACAGUGUCGUAUUUCACAGUACUGUAAUAGCAAAGAGAAAAGAGGAAUCCGGAAAAAUAAAGCUGCUCCUUCACUGGACACCAGAGGACAUUCUGCCUGAUGUGUGGGUAAAUGAAAGUGAGCGACAUCAAUUAAAAACUAAAGUAGUUCAUUUAUCAAAACUACCAAAAGAUACUGCCUUGCUUCUGGAUCCAAACAUAUACAGAAAGUCUAGUAAAGGAGGUACACACAGUGGAAUCCUGAAAGAUCACUUCUGUUAAGAUCACAUACUGAACAAUGCCACAGAAGAGGUUGAAGAGGUAAAAGCAAGAUCAGCAGGGGGAACGCUUCCAUCUACCGCCUUGUUCUCUGGCCAUGGAAUUAGAACUGAAGCUGCACACUGCUCAGGCCCAUCCCCGGCUCAGCCGCCCUGCUGUCGGUGACAACCAUUCUGUGAAUGAAGCAGACGCAUCUGUGGAAUAUAUUAAUCUCUCUCCCUAUCAGUAUACACCUUCACGGAGUGGUCCGGUGGGCGACCAGCCAAGCACUCAUCUGGCAAUACAAUGGGCUCUUCGACAGCUUUGCAUGCCUGCUGCUUUUCUUUGAGUAAUUUUAAUCCCUCCCCCCUGUUGCUUCUCUCGGGUGUGGUGGCGGGUGCUGUGUUGCCACCAACAAACCUUCCCUGCAGUUUCUUCCUUUUUUUGUAAACAAGCAUCUUGGGGAUCUUACGCUUGGUAAAACUGAACCCGAACAUACACUAGAGUCCCUUUCCUCAGAGUCUGGUGGAGAGUAAUCCAUAGUCACUUUUUGUAAACUUGUGGUGUCCUAUCAGCAUAACCCUAAGUGGUGGUAUCAUGUUUAAAACAAAUGGUUGGUGGCAUAUUUCCAUUUCUAGCGAAAUAUAUAUAUUUUGAGAGGAUGAUAGCUGUUUAAGUGUUGCUAUAUAUAUAUCUGAUCCUCUCUAUAAGACUAUUACUGUAAGUUAAUAAGACUUCAAUUAACUCUACGGCAAAAAUAAAAAAGGUAGUGACUUUUAAAAAAAAUAUUACUUGGCCUUUAAAAUUCCUGUUUGCUUCUGAAGAACCUCUUUAUCCCCCUUUCCCUUUUUUGGCCUAAAAUUUUCUAGAUGUAAAAGAAAAAAAUGUAUUUUUUAAAAAAUAAAAGCAUCUAGGAAUACAAUCGUUUAUGCACCAAAGUUGGCUAUGAAAAAAAAAAGAAUUAAAUGGUUUCCUUGCUUUACUAAGCAAGAAAUUAUGGAUUUUCUUAACCUACAGGAAUAGAAAAAAAAAUGUGUGUUAUCUUGUUCGUCUUGUAUGGAGACAAAAAAAUUGUUGCAUAUAGAUAAAGACAUUGCUUGUAAAUAAUUUUGCAGAUUUGUAAUAUAUUUUUAUAUUAUGAGAAGUAUUGUAGAUGUUUUUUCUAGAGGCAUGGAAGUUAAAAUGUAUAUAUUAUGGUAGAAAUAAUAUUGAAGGAUAUUGUAAUUCACUAGUGCUGCCAGAAUAAUUUCUUUAAAAGCAAGCACCUUUCUUAACAAUAAUUAAAAAAAAAAGUCUUUUGGAUUUCUAAGGGACUAUAUACUACUGUUGUGAGAACAAACACACAUUUAAACAUCCUUCCAGCAGUCGUUGAGGGAUGCACAGUAUCCAUAGGAAGUUUAUGGCACUCAUUGCUGGUAAUGGAUAUGAAUCAGUCAUUUCCUUGCUUGUUGAAAGGAACAUAUGUAAAAAUAUAUAUAUAUGGUGGCUAUAUGCAGUCAAACUGCAUGAUUAACCCUCCCUGUUUAGGAGGAAUUUUCACAUGACUACAGUGAAUAUAAAAUACCAGCGGUUUUUACUCUAAUUUUUUAAAAAUUAAAAUAGCAAAAAAAUAAAAAUAAAACUCAACUCUCUGGAGAAGCAAGUGUUUCUAAUACCGUAAAUGGGGCCUGUAUUGGUGCUGGUCAAAUAGAUGCUUGCUUGGCUCCUAAUAGGUUUUAGAACAUUUGGAUUCCUUCUUGAAGUGCACAUUAUAAGCACCACUAACAUGGAAUGGUUUCUGGAAUAGUUGUUUAAUAAUAAAAGGUAUUUCAUAAAGAACUGUAGCAAUGUAACUAUUUAAAAAAAACAUGCAGGUUUUUUUUUAUUUUUUACUUGCUUGAGCACUUCAGUUACUGCUUAAUCUUUAUCUUGUAUGGUCAUCUGCAAUUGCUUUGAUUUUUUUUUUUAAAGUUAUAAAAUUGCCAAAUAGGUGUUUUCAGAUAUAGUUUGUAUUUGUAUUUUUUUUUAAAUUUUAUUGCUUCAUGAGUUUCUUGUAUGCCAUUCAUAAUUGACAGAUGAUUGUAGACCUUGCCUGAGUAUUUUUUCUAAUAAAACAGAGCAAAUACAACCA